GACGGCGGCGGCGGCGCGGGGCCUGGGCCGGGGGGCAUGAGGCAGCCGUGGCGGGCCAGCGGCCGAGCCGUGUAGCGGAGAAGCGGCUCCCCCUCCCUGCUUCCUCGGCCGAGCCGGGGACGCGCGCGCGCCGCCGUCCGGAGCGGGCUCCCCACCCUCGACUCCCGCGACCCGCAGCGCACCCCCACCCGGGCCCGGAGGAUGAUGAAGCUCAAGUCGAACCAGACCCGCACCUAUGACGGCGACGGCUACAAGAAGCGGGCCGCGUGCCUGUGCUUCCGUAGCGAGAGCGAGGAGGAGGUGCUGCUUGUGAGCAGUAGUCGCCAUCCAGACCGAUGGAUUGUUCCUGGGGGAGGCAUGGAGCCUGAGGAGGAGCCAAGCGUGGCAGCAGUCCGUGAAGUCUGUGAGGAGGCUGGAGUAAAAGGGACAUUGGGAAGAUUAGUUGGAAUUUUUGAGAACCAGGAGAGGAAGCACAGAACGUAUGUCUAUGUGCUCAUUGUCACAGAAGUGCUGGAAGACUGGGAAGAUUCAGUUAACAUUGGAAGGAAGAGGGAAUGGUUUAAAAUAGAAGAUGCCAUAAAAGUGCUGCAGUAUCACAAACCAGUGCAGGCGUCGUAUUUUGAAACAUUGAGGCAAGGCUACUCAGCCAACAAUGGCACCCCGGUCGUGGCCACCACGUACUCGGUUUCUUCCCAGAGCUCCAUGCCAGGCAUCAGAUGACUGAAGACUUCGCGUAAGAGGAAUGGAAAUUGGAAACUAGACUGGAGUGCAGAUCUUCCCUCCCUUGCUCUUUUCACCUCUCCUCACAGGCCUCCUCUCCAAAUAAGGCAUGAUGGGCAGCAGAGAAAGGGGUUCUUGAUGGUGUUGCUGUUUGGUGUUAAGUGGGCUUUUUCUUCUCUUUUUAUGGAGGGGGUGGGGGGUGGGUAUGUAAUUUGUAAGUACUUUUGUGCAUGAUUGCUCCCUUCCUUUUCACACCCCUACAAUUGUCUAAAGAGACAAACAGCCUUCCCUCUGCCUUGGAUUCUGAAGCGUUCCUGUUUGUCUCACCCCAGCCCUGGCCAGACAUUUUUUCUUUGAUUUUUAAUUUUUUUUAUUAAAAGAUACCAAUAUGAGAUGAAACCUUUCAAGAA